UUCAUAAUUCAUCACUGUACUGUACUACAUAAGUCCUAAUCGUGCAGUACACUCCAAUUUCCAUAAAUAACUAAAAUUUAUCUUUUAUAUCACCCACAAAAAUUAUUAAAAAUCCCAAAAUUACAUUUUUUAUGUACUACCAAAAUAUAUCUACUACUAGUACCACAAAAACAUCCCCACUUUAUUCAAAUCACAUUAAAUUAAAUCAAUACUCCUUUUUUAGUCUUACCCUUCUCCUAAACACAAACAAAAAUAAUUCAGUACGCAAUUUAUCUCUUAUUUGAGAUAAAAAACAUAAAAUAGAGAUGGAUCAUGGUUCGAUGAAUGGAAUGAACAUGGCACCAUCGUCGAAUUCGACGUCGACCAUGGGUGCCAUGGGUCAUAAGAAGAAGAUGAUGAUGCAUAUGUCAUUUUAUUGGGGAAAAAACGCUGAAAUUUUAUUCAAUGGAUGGCCUGGGACCCACACAGGCAUGUACGUUCUUUCUCUAAUCUUUGUUUUUCUACUGGCUUUUUUUGUUGAGGGUUUCUCUCGUUCUCGCUUUGUUAAGGAUAAUGGACGAAACGCUGUCGUUUCGGGUGUUGUGCUUACGCUUCUUCAUACCCUACGAAUGGGAUUGGCUUACUUGGUUAUGCUUGCUGUUAUGUCGUUCAAUGCUGGGGUUUUUAUUGCUGCUAUUGCGGGUCAUGCUAUCGGAUUCUUGGUUUUUGGUACUCGGGUGUUUAUUAAGGGUUCUCAGGAUCCGGGGAAAUCUUCGGAUCUUCAUCCCAUUAGUUGCUGACAAAUCAUUGUUGGUCGGAUUUUGUUUCUAGGAUUGACGAGAUUUGAUUUCACGUCUUAAAUAUUGUAUGAAAUAAUACUUUUUUUUUAAAAAAGUUUGUUUUAGAUAGUUAGUGCUCGUAGAUUUCCUUUGGUGUUAAUUGAGAAAAAGAAAUUAUGGAUUGGUGAUAUGUAAAGGUUGAAGGGCAUUUAGGCUAUCCUAAAACAAAAAAAAAUGGAAUGAAUUAUGAUUUUGGCUAGAGUAUCACAUAA